AGAGCCACUUUCCAUGGCCCAAGCAGGGGAGGGGUGGCGAAGAUGGAGGAGGAGCGCCUGACCAAGUCAGGCCCUGAACUCUUUCGAGAGCUCAAGCGGGUCUACUCUGUGGCCGAGGUUGAAGACUACUUCAAGAAUGGAGUCUGGCGAGACGAUCUGAUGCGCACCGACAUGCAGCUGAUCGAGUUGCACCGUCGAGAGGCUGGUGCCCCCCGAGCCGCCUGACUUAUCCAAGGUGGAGGUGCCACAUCUUCCACAGGGAGCUGUUGCCAGCCCUCUAGCCGCAUCCAUGGCAGCUGCUGGUGGCCUAGGCGCCACUGUCGCAGAUCUUAGGCUCAUCGCACUGUUUGUAGCCAAGUGGAAACUGGACGUGAGCCUCACCAAGAAAGCACUGACUAAGCUGCUGCCAGCGAGGCGGCGCUACGUCAUCUCUAACUUUAAAUCCAAGGGUGGAUCAGAUGUGAAUGCGGAGCUAGAGCAGUACAUUGAAGAGUGUAACUCAACCAAUGCAUGGCCGGCAACCACGGCCACAGCGGCCACAACAGCCACAGCGGCCACAGCCAUCCCGAAGCUGUCAACGCCGUUUGCCAAUGGGGCAGCUCCAAGCGAUGGUCCAAGGAUGCGACCGCCCUUGACGAUCAGCCCACGGCCGCUGUCGAUGAGGGCACCCACAGCAUCCACCGGUGUGAUCGCGAGUGGCCUCUCCCAAAGGCUGGCAGCCCUCCGCGCCCCGGCGCCGGUGUCCUCGCCUGUGAGGCCUGGAGCCCUUCCUGUGAGGCCCGGAGCGGUCAGACCGGUGAGACCAGUGGGUGGAAGCAGCACAAGCUUGUCUGCCCCAGCUAGGGUUGCAUCCAGCUCAGGUGAUGCAGCUGGUUUGCAGUUGAUCAACCUCUUUGUGGCAAAGUGGAAACUGAAUGCCAGCCGCACCAGAUCCAUCAUGAUGACCUUUUUGCCCACCAGGCGGCGUCACGUCAUCGCCAACUUCAAACCAGAAGUGGGUCGUGGUGAUGUGAACGAACAGCUGGAUAGGUUUAUCAAAGAAUGCCAAGCCAGCGGCUGGAGUGGCUGGGCUGAGCCCGCUAGAAAUGGUGGCGCCAGAUUCUCAUUCGGGGGCCUUGCAAGGAGCACUUCCGAGCUUUGCGCGAAGGAAAUAGUUUGACAAACUUUCGAGGAUCCCUCAAGAGCUUGCUCGUCCGGUCAGGGGAUUGUUUUGUGCACUUCGAGACCCAAACCCAUCGUUCGAAGGCACGUUUGGAAUCGUGCUGUCGUACGUCCUUCUGGCCUGGAGUGGUGCAAGCAACUAACUGGUUAACAUGCUGGGACAUAUUGAAGGAGGGCCACUAGAAGAGCCAAAUACAUUCCAUUCUGGAUUCUUUUGAGACUAUUUAAGUUCUGGUGUCUACUGGAGUCGAGCAGUCGACUUGUUCCGUGGCCUGCGAUGGGCGACAGCAUCGUCCGACUCUUGGAUGGCAUCCACUGUUCCAGCCCACUUCCCCACUGUGAUUAAGGUGGAUGAUGGAUUAAUGUGGGUGAAAGUCUUUUUUCUUUUGCUGUUUUUACUUGUUCUUUGUUGGAAGUGGUAUGUAAAUGGAUGGUGAGCUUUGCGCCCGCUUGCAAUCUAAUUAUCCAGAUCAGAGCCAGGUUUGAGCCAUCCAGGUAUCCAAGGGUCUCAUGUUCAGCCAUGCUUGGGUGUCUGGGUAGCCACUCCUGUCUUUAGGUGAAGCGCCCCAUCAGCACUGCCAGCAGUUCCUUUGAUCCAAACAAGAGGCUACGCCCUACCAUCUCCACCACCAUCACCGCCCGGCCACUGAGCCCGUUGAUGCCAAGGAGUGCCGUGAGACCUGCUUCGGCACCAACAAUGAGGCCUGGUCUCCGUGCGCCCCUCACGGUGCUGGCGCGGCCGGUGCGAUCCACCUCAGCCGUCCGGGGGCCGGCGACGGUCGCACGGCCGAUGCCGCUCAGCACGGUGCGGCCGAUCAAUGCACGUCCUGGGCUCAGGCCUCCUGGGCCAUUGGGCGUCAGGCCACGGAUGGUGAGCACACCUGUAUUCCAAAUGACCAGG